GGGGAGGUUGGUUGAAUGACUUCAGUUUCACCGAUCGCAUCAAAGCUUCACUGUGAAGACACAUUAACCAACCUGAAAGGAACAGGGAAAAGAAAGAAAAACCGAACAAAUUUCUUUUCAGAACUAAGGCCGCCAUUUAAAUCUUGCAAUAGGUCCUGCGUCGUCUCUUAGAUCUGCCCACCAGAUACCCUUUCGGCACCUGAAUCUCUUAUUCCCGGCUAAAACCUCGAGCAAUUUGAAAUUGAAACCAGGGAAUCGCGACACUGAACGAAGCUCAGAGAUCCGGUGAUUCAGCAAUGGAGUCCGCUCAGCAAGGAGGUCUCGAGCGGGACAAGCCAGGCCCUACCUCUUCUCCUGUAUCCGUCGUCUCCAAUUUCUGGAAAGAAUUUGAUUUGGAAAAGGAGAAAAGUGUACUUGACGAACAAGGUCUUAGAAUAGCUGAGAAUCAGGAGAACAGCCAGAAGAAUCGACGGAAACUUGCAGAGAGCACUAGAGAUUUUAAAAAAGCUUCAUCGGAGGACAAGCUAGGUUUAUUCAACUCUUUACUUAAGGGAUACCAAGAAGAAGUUGAUAAUCUUACCAAGAGAGCAAAAUUUGGAGAAAAUUCUUUUCUUAAUAUAUAUCAGAAGCUGUAUGAGGCUCCAGAUCCAUAUCCAGCCCUUGCAUCAAUUUCUGAACUAGAUCUGAAACUGUCCGAACUAGAAUCAGAAAACCGGAAAAUGAGGCUUGAGCUAGAAGAAUUCAGGACAGAAGCAACUCACUUAAAGAAUCAACAGGCAACAAUAAGAAGACUAGAGGAGCGCAAUCGUCAAUUAGAGCUGCAGAUGGAAGAAAAAGUGAAGGAGAUUGUUGAAAUGAAGCAACGUAGUUUGGCUGAAGAAAACCAAAAGACCUUAGAAGUGUUGAAAGAUAGGGAGCAAUCCUUGCAAGAUCAACUACGACAAGCUAAAGAAAGUGUUUCAAAUAUGCAGAAAUUGCACGAACUCGCACAGAGUCAAUUAUUUAUAGUUCAAGCUCAAUCAGAUGAAGAAAGGGCUGCAAAGCAAUCAGAGCUCAAUCUUUUGAUGGAUGAAGUUGAGAGGGCUCAAACACGGCUUCUUAGUCUUGAGAGAGAAAAGGGUGUCCUGUGGUCUCAAUUACAGUCUGCAAAUGAAGACACUGGAAGCAAGAGAAGUGACAAUGUGGAUUCUAGUAGUAUGCUGGAGAAUUCUCUAAGUGCCAAAGAGAAGAUUAUUUCUGAAAUGAACAUGGAACUUCACAACAUUGAGACAACCUUGGCAAAUGAACGGGAACAGCACAUAAAUGAGAUUAAAAGGUUGAAUGCACUGAUCAUCGAGAAGGAUGUUGCUAUUCAGGACGCGAAGAAAGAACUUCAAGCUAGACCUACGCCAAAAUUAGUGGAUGACUUGCGUAAAAAAGUGAAAAUUUUGCAGGCGGUGGGCUAUAACUCAAUAGAGGCAGAAGAUUGGGAGGCUGCAACUAGUGGUGAGGAAAUGAGCAAGAUGGAGUCCCUUCUUCUAGAUAAAAAUCGGAGAAUGGAACAUCAAGUGACACAGUUGAAGGUCCAACUUUCUGAGAAAUCAUCCUUGCUGGACACAGCUGACAGCAAGAUUAUAGAGCUUACUUCCAAGGUUAAUGAGCAACAGAAGUUGAUUCAGAAAUUGGAAGAUGAUAUUUUGAAGAUCGAAAGGCCAGUUUAUUUGAGGAUUGGGACCUCUCAGAGGCAAGUGGAGCAGAGUCAUCUGAGGAUUGAGGCAUCUCUUUUCAAUACAAAAUUUAAAAGGGGAUUGGGGGGAAGGAGAAGGAAAGUAGGCUGUUGUCCAAUUUAUUGCUUGUAUAUUGUUCUUGACUGGACUCCUUCGGUGCAGCAUCUGGACCAAAAACAUGUCUCCUCGGAUCAAGAUCAGAGUUCAAUGCUUAAGGUGAUCUGCAACCAACGAGAUAGAUUUAGGGCACGUCUACAUGAGGCAGAAGAGGAGAUAAGGCAACUGAAGGAGAGAAUUGGAGCUCUGACUCAGGAGUUGGAAAAAUCUAAAGCAGACAAUGUCAAGUUGUAUGGGAAGAUGCGUUAUGUCCAAGAUUACAAUCUUGAGAAAGUAGUUUCAAGAGGAUCUUCAAAGAAGCAUGCGGAGGAUCUGGAAAGUGGUUUUAGCUCGGAUGUGGAAUCAAAGUACAAGAAGAUAUAUGAAGAUGACAUAAAUCCAUUUGCAGCGUUUUCAAAGAAGGAAAGGGAUCAACGGUACAAGGAGUUGGGAUUCAGGGAUCGAAUAACACUUAGCAGUGGACGUUUCCUUAUGGGCAACAAGUACGCACGUACUUUCGCAUUCUUCUACACGAUCGGGUUACAUGUUCUGGUGUUCAGCUGCCUUUACCGAAUGUCGGCUCUCAGUUACCUUGGCAACGGCGAGGAAUCACUGGCUGUAGAUCAAACUAUAAACCUCCCGCAUGCACUCUGAUCGGGCUACGAGAAGAAGCUGAAGUGUUCAUUAAAUCGCACAGGAGGAGGCUCCCAUGUUUUAAUGGUAAUGUACAUACGAAGAGUGGACAUUUCUUGCAUGUCCAGAACUAGUGCAGUUUUUGGUUGGUAACUCAGCAGGUUGGGCUCGAUCUUUGUAUGAAUGAACAGGACAAUAGUUUUGUAAAUGCAACUGUUACUUUCCGACUCAUAUCUGUCUGACCGUGGAUGUGAAUAAUCUCGUUCCUUUGAAUUUUUUCCCCGAAGAACACGUUAUAAUAUAUUAACUCUUAAAAUACAGUAGUUUAAUAAGAAUAUUCGGGUUAAUUGCAAG